CGUAAGCUGGUCUGGUCCUGUCUCGGAGGUUCAGGGGCUGCACUCGGGGUGCCGCUGCUGCCCGCGCCGAUACCAUGAAGGCUCAGCCCGCGGCAGCCUCCAUCAUCUUCCUGUGCCUGGUGCUGGCGGCCUCCGCAGCCUCCGCGGCGGAAGGGCUCGGAAAGGGUUUUGGAGACCAUAUUCAUUGGAGAACACUAGAAGAUGGGAAGAAAGAGGCAGCUGCCAGUGGUUUGCCUCUUAUGGUUAUCAUCCACAAGUCUUGGUGUGGGGCUUGCAAAGCUUUGAAGCCAAAGUUUGCUGAAUCCAAGGAGAUCUCUGAACUUGCCCAUAAUUUUGUUAUGGUCAACCUUGAGGAUGAUGAAGAGCCGAAGGAUGAAGCCUUUAGUCCUGAUGGAGGUUACAUUCCCAGAAUCCUUUUCAUGGACCCCAGUGGAAAAGUCCACCCAGAAAUCAUAAAUGAGAAAGGAAACCCAAGCUACAAGUAUUUCUAUACCAAUGCUGAUCAAGUUGUCCAAGGGAUGAAGGAGGCCCAGGAGAAGUUAACAGGUGAUGCUUUCAAACAAAAACACCUGGGAGAUGAACUAUAAUGACUACACUGAAUGAUUCUUUUCCAUCACUUCAAAACUCUACAAGGAAAUGAUUAAACAGACUUAAGAAUGUAGAUGCACUGAAGGGACAUAAUUCUCCUGUCAACAAUGUUAGGUUAAACCCUCUCUGGAGUUCACACACAUGCAUCAGUCACAGUGUUAUCUCCUCCUCUGCCUGGCAGCUCGUAUUGUAAUGGUUAUUUGCGACUAGGUAACGUGCAAACACAUCAGUUUGUGUGUUUGAGCAACUGCUAAUAUUUGGUGUUAAAAGUGAGGUGUGUAAAGGAAAACAUUUGAGGACAAGCAGUGUGAUUGGAAUAACUAUAAGUAGCCAGCAUUUUGACACUUAAUCAGGGUUGGAUCCCUCUUUCUCACCGAUUUUAUGUGAUCCAAGUGUUUUUACUGGGGCAUGUUCCAGAGCCAGGUGUUUUCUAGACAUCCCAAACCAUGAAUUCUGCCACUAAGCCAAGUAGAAUAAAUUUAAUGAAUGUACAAGUAGCAUGUGAAAUUAUUAGCUCUGCAAACAUAUUUUUGUGUAAAACUGUGUGUGAUUCAUCUUUAUUUGCCUUUGGGCAGAAAUUUAACUUUUUCUUUGUGCACUCACCUUUUGAUUGUCUUACCAAGUGAAGGUGGGUUAUGUUGAAGCUUUAUGGGGACUCCCUUUUAUUCUUUGAAUGUUUUUUGGCGAAUGCCUUGCCAUCACAUUGUACUGUAUUUUUGUACCAAGGUGAAAAAUUAAACCUUUUUAAACACAA